AUGGCUUUCGCCGCAGAGCUCGUCCUUAAAGUCGAAGACUAUGUCAAACAAUACAUGUCGAAAUACGAUGCCUCUCACGAUUUCGCUCACAUCAAACGCGUCGUUAGCAGAGCCCAUUUCAUACAUGCUCGGAUAAUUGCAAAUGCUACCACGAAGGGUCAACCUGUCCCACAAUACGAUAUGACUACCAUUACUCUUUCUGCUUUGCUACAUGAUGUUGGGGAUAGGAAGUACGUUGAUAUGGAGAAGGAAGAUCCGAAGACGAUGAUAAACGACUUGCUAUUGAAUCUUGGGGCGGAUCCUGGCCUAGCCUCGAAAGUACAGACCAUUUGUUCAGGGGUUUCACACCAUGAAGAAAUUAAAGAUCUCCAACAUGUUCAAAAUCUCAUUAUACAAUACCCCGAGCUUGCCAUUGUCCAAGACGCGGACCGCAUAGAUGCACUCGGAGCUAUAGGCAUCGGAAGGGUAUUUACAUAUGGUGGUGCGAAGACGCUCAGGCCAAUGCUCGAUUCGAUAAAUGUGUUCGAUACGAAGCUGCUCAGCUUGGAGCCUCUGAUGAAGACGGAGCCUGGCAGAGAGAUGGCACGUGAAGCGGUCAAGCGAUUGGAGAUAUUCAGGAAAUGGUGGAUAGGGGAAGUCGUAAUUGAGGAUGGGUACACACUACGCAUUACGCAGUAG